CUGUUUCAACUGAAAAAUAAUAUAGCAUAUAUAGCCAACUAGGACCAACAACAUACUGGUACAUCACUGGACUUUGAGUGGUUAUACCAGGAUGAUGCCUGCAGAUUGCUUUUACAAGCAGCGGGAGAAGAUACCUCCCUCCCCGCUGCCUUCCAUAGCCUUCUCGGGCAGUCCUGUGCCAUCGAGGGAACCUGAAAAUGCAGUCGGUGUUUCUGCCAGCUGACCAUAGAGCUGACUGGAGACCAGAAUGGUGCCAAUCAUCUCUAUAGUCUAAGAAAUCAGAAGCUACAAGCAU